AUGAACUCCGAAGCUACCCUUGCGCAUGACGAAGAACCGCAUGAGGCAGGAUGCCCAUCGCCCCACAAGGGUCCCCAGAGAAACGAGGAAGCUUUUGUGGCAAGCAGCACCCCAACCGACGAUGGCAACCAUCGACCAACCCGCAAGGGCAAUCGUGCUGUUCAUCAAGUUCAGUCUCGCUACAUGGACAUCGAACGCAGCACCAACUACGUUCGGAAUCGAAACGAGCAGCUGAAGCGGCGCCGCGAAUUGGAAAAACGCAACAGCGACCGUGCUAUCGAACGUAUGCAGCAGACACGAGCCACGUCAGCUCUCAAGGACAACCAAGAGCAGAUCUACCGCAAGUGGCUGCAAGACAGCAAUGCAGACGCGCACCGUCUUCAAAAUCCAGCGAAAGAUGCAUUGCUCCGAAUCAAACCUUCGUUGGUCAAGUCGGUAUCGUCCAAGGCAGCGUAA